AUGACCGAACACGCCAUGGCUCCCAACGACAACAACAUACAUCCUAGGCAACAAAGUCGCUUAAGAGAACCGCCAUCAUCGAAGAACGCUCAGGGCAUUUUCCCUCCUGAUGCUUGUCUCUUCAUCGGAAACCUUUGCUCAAAAACCCAUAAAGAGCAACAGGAAAGAGAAAUAGAGCAGGAUUUCGGCGUGUUUGGGAAAUGUUACGCUAAGGUCAAGAUCGACAAAGGAACAGCCUUACAUGGGGCCUUUGUACAGUUUGAGAGAGUAGAAGAUGCCCAAAAGGUCCUUGACCGUGACGCUCAAGGUCGCCCUAUACAUUUGAAUGGGCGAACUCUAGAGUCGAGCGAGCCAAAGGACAACCUAACUAUCCCAGGAACUGCACGCCUAUCACUUCAAUCCGGUGCUCCUAUCACUGAAGAGGAAGCCAGGAAAGUCCUUGGGCCAUCGGGCCCUCUUGAGGGAAUGUGCCUCGAUAAAAAUCCACCGCUGUCCAGCGAUAGCACUGCGACUUGUCUAGCUACAUUUACAUUUGUUGAGGAUUACAACGACGCGGUAAAGAAUUUCGUGAGAGAUUCCAAAUACCUUUUAAAGAAGACCCAGUACGAGGGAAACCCAUUUUCCAACGGCGGUACACCGGGCCCAGAGCCACACAAGCCCCAUCCAUCUCAAGCUGCUCAUGAGCGCGGACGAUACAACGGACAUGGACAUCACCGCAAUGGCCCUGUUAACUAUGGAGGCAAUGGUCGAGGAUUUGAAAGAAGAUUUUCUCGUGACCCUAGCCGACGCGGGAGUCAUCAGUCCAACUCAUCUCAGGAUUAUCAGAGCCAGUAUUCGCAGGAUUUUAAUCAAUAUCCUGACCCCUUCCAGCCAUAUGGUGGCCCAUACAACCCAUCGGCUCUGAAUCAACCCACGCCGUCCAGGAUGGCACCGGGAGCUCCUGUAUUUGUUCCAGGCCAAUCGAACUAUGCUCCGCCAGCCAGAACAUACGGCAACCCUCCACCAAACAACAUGUACAACGGUCCUCCGCAAAACAAUAUGUACAACGCCCCCCCGAACAAUAUGUACAAUGGUCCCCCGCCAAACAACACAUACAAAGGCCCUGCGCCUAAUGUCGGAAAUAACGGCGAUGUAAAUGGAUACAAUAACCAACAACAUAUGGGCAACGGAGGAUAUAAUCCUGGAUAUUAUAAUGGUCCUUAUAUAGUCAGCACUCCGACAUACAACAAUCCCCGCCCGAUGUACCCCAACGGCUAUCAACAGCCUCCGCCACCACAAAAUGGUUAUUACCCUCAAUACAUGCCUCAGGGUGACCAAAUGAAUGGACAGUAUCCCCAACAGUUUGGACAGGAGCAAUACUACCCUCAGGGUCCGGGGUAUUUCGUCCCACCACCUGGACCAAAUAUGAAUAUGCCCUACAUGGCUCAGCCGUACAACAACGCCGCUCCUCCAUACCAUCCACCACAGCCACCACAGCCGGUAGUCCCGCCGGUGAACAAUCAAACUCAGGCACCGGAGAAGACUGAUGCGCCCAAAGAACCAGCACAAAAUUCAGCUCCAGAGAAUGAACCUGAGCAGAAGACGGCGGCGGCUACUACCGAUGAUCCCAAACCGGACAGAGACAAGUCACACGCUGAGAAUGGAUCCGAUGGAGCACUAGAUUCUGACAAAAAGGAAGGGACAGAGCCCGAAGAAGUCCAAGCCAAGCCAGAGGAUCCUGUAGAGUUCGCUGAAUGCCCCACGCCAAGUACAGAUGCUACAAUUCAGCCCAAACAGAACGGAAACCACCACCACUCAGACGCCGAAGAAGGGGAUCUCACAAACGAGGAACAAUCCCCGACUGAAAAUGAGACACCCAUCCCACCAGAAAACUCCCCAAUUUCUCGGGAUUCUAGCUCUAGCCCGACAGCCAAUGGCGGCAACUCGCCUGGAUCCAUCAUUCCCCCUGUUAGCGAAUACGUGAGACAAAUAGUUCUCGAGAGAAACAUGGACGUGAAUGAAAGCAUAGUGGAUGCUGCUAUCAGGGAGCUUGAGGAAGAGUACGGACAGAGAGAUAUGAAGAAGCACGGUGUUGAUGGCGAUUGUGAUGGUGAGGGUGAUGACGAUGACGAAUCGGUCUCUUCAUCUUCAUCUUCAUCGUCCUCUUCCUCGCAAACCUCUACGCUGGUAGGUGCCUAG